AUGGUAGUCGUCGAUUACGGCAGCAAAUGGGUGGAACUGUUCGCUCUGAAGGAUGCCAAAACACCGAAGGUGUGCAAAAUUCUGAAGAACGACAUCUUCACACGGUGGGGGGUACCUGCAUACAUGGUUUCUGACCGCGGCCCUCAGUUCACAAGUCAGCUGUUGGCCAGCCUUUGUGCAUCCUGGGGCGUGACGCAGAAACUAACUACAGCGUACCACCCACAGACCAACCAGACCGAACGAGUGAAUAGAACACUGAAAACCAUGCUCGCCUCAUACGUCGGCAACCAUCACCAGGAUUGGGACCGGUGGCUGCCUGAAUUCCGCCUGGCCAUCAACACAGCAGUGCACGAGACCACUGGUGUGACCCCGGCUGUGUUAGCUAUGGGACGUCCCCCAACCCCUCCCCCACUGCAGAAGAAGUCAAAGUACUCAGCCACCCGCCGGCUGCUGUUAAAGACCAAAAUCCUAAGGAAGGGUGAGAAGCUGCUGGUACAAGAGGAAGAGGACAAGAGCGUGGAGAGAGAAAACACACUAAAAGAAAACGCACCCCCACUCAAACUCUCAGGCCUCUCUGUAGAGAAGCUGCAGGAGCUAUGCAAAGAAUUGCACCGAAAGAUUGACAUCGUGGAUGAGGCGCGAUAUGAUCUGGAAAUAAGGGUGGCUCGGAAUGAUGUCGAGCUCAACACCCUGAACGAGAAGGUCGUUAGCCUGAAGGGAAAGAAGAGACCCAACCUGAAGCGGGUAAAGAAGUCCGGAGACAUGCUAGGAGGAUUCGCCGAAGCCAAAUCCACGAAAGCAGACUUCAAGGCCAACCUUAAGACCGUCAAGAAGGAGGAGGAGAAGAAGGAAGAGGUGACAGACUGGCGUAAGAAUGUGGAGGCCAUGUCAGGUAUGGACGGCAGAAAGAAGAUGUUCGACGCAGAGAAGUAGACCAAAAGACACAGAGAUUUGGGCAUUAUGUUCUUCCAUGGAUAUAUAUUUUAUGCUGUAGUAUUGCACACAUCCUGUAGGGGGAGAUAAUUGCUCUCCUGAUUGUGAAGCAAACAGAUAUGAACAACUGUGGAUAAUGAGGAUGUGUUCACUGUUGAUGUUGGAGGAUGAAGAACAGAGGGAUGGGUGUGUUAUAUAUGUCCACAGUGCAAACACAUCUCUCAUGUUAUGCACAUUUAAAGGAAAGAUAAUCCUUUGAAUGUGCUACUUUUAUGUAUCUUUAAUAAACUAAAAAAACGACCAUAAAA